AAACAGUCCAGACACUAGCCCCGAGUCCAGCGUAGAGCUUCUUCGAAAAUGUUGCGACAAGCUGUAGUGCUCGUUCUUGUUUUUGCGGCCGUUGGGCACGGUUUGCAGGUGAUCCAAUGCACGAACAACCGACCACUGCCGGAUGAGGUGAUCAUUCCGGGCUGUGCUAGCCUGCCGUGCACCGUUCCGAAUCAAUCCGAUUUCAACUUUAGCGUACGCUUCGCCCCCACCUUCCCCACCAGCUCGCUGACGGUGGAUGUGCGUGCGUCACUGUUGGGCCUGUUCCUGCCCUACGAGGUACCGGAACACUUGCGCAAUGGAUGCAACAACAUUAACACCUCUUGCCCACUGGCGGCCGGUCAGUCCGUUACGCUGACUGGUAACGCACCGGUCGAGGCUCCACUGACCGGUGUUACGGUCACGAUGGAGUUCGAGAUUACCGGUGAUAGUGGACAGGUGGCCACCUGCUUUGCCGCUACCGUCACGCUGACGUAG